UUUUGAGGAACACUGUAAGCAAAAUGUAAUUUAAUAGCUGCUUCCAGUACAUGUUAGGUUAGUUAUUAAUGUAUGGUUAUUAAUAAUACUGAUAUUCAAAACUAAUGACUCUGCACUACAGGCAGCAAACAUCUCAAGAAACAUGAGGUCAAUAGCAUCAUCACCAGGCGGGACCCACUAACUGGGUCAAACACUUCUUUAGUUAACAAAGUAUACAUUUAAUGCUUACUCUCGCUUUGUAGUCUGUGUGAAGCAGAACACUUUGCUCUUCAUCUUUCUUGGCACUGUAGACCGAGGCUAAAGUCGAGGGGUCUUUAAGGGAGUUAACGAGUAAGCCAAUAGUUAAUCUUCUCCCGCGGUGCUAAAAAAUGAUAAAGCAAAAGUAAUAAAGUUGGAAACCAAGCGCCAGAGCAGCAGCUUGUGCCAGUGCAAAGACAAGGAAAGGAAACAGGUUUUAUGCCACAAUGGACCCGGCAAAGUUUUCCAGGAAGCUGUGGUGCGCGCGCAGAGAGCUCAUCCUGAUCCUCGUCCCGCUACUGCUGCUCCCGCUGCUCUUCGUUGUGCCGCCAAAGGAGGGAAAAUGUUUGUAUGUGGUGCUUCUGAUGGCGGUGUACUGGUGUACCGAAGCGCUCCCGCUGGCAGUGACUGCCAUGCUUCCCGUGUGCCUCUUCCCCACCAUGGGAAUCCUGCCUUCUAAGAAGGUCUGUCCGCAGUAUUUCCUGGAGACUAACUUUCUGUUCCUGAGUGGUUUAGUGAUGGCAUCUGCUAUAGAGGAGUGGGGUCUCCAUCGCCGUAUAGCACUCAAAGUGCUGAAGAUUGUAGGAGUGAAACCUGCCUGGCUGAUUUUAGGCAUGAUGAUCACUUCCUCUUUCCUGUCAAUGUGGUUGAGUAAUACAGCCACAACUGCAAUGAUGCUGCCCAUUGCUAACGCCAUACUGGAAAGCCUGUUUGGAAAUCUGGAGACUCUAAAAGAGAACUGCAAGGACAAACGGGACCCAGAGGGUGAUUCUCAGUUGAAGAUGCACGUGCUUCCUUUUGAAAAACAGAUACUGACCACAGAUGACAGACCUGACUGGACAGACAGAUCAGAGCAAAAGAAUCUGGAAGAGGUCAGAAGAGAGGCACAAUACCAGAUGAAAGUGUGGAAAGGAUUUCUGAUUUGUAUUCCUUAUGCUGCAAGCAUCGGAGGAACUGCAACCCUCACUGGCACAGCCCCCAACCUGAUCCUGGUGGGUCAGCUCAAGAGCUACUUUCCUGAAUGUGACCUCAUAAACUUCGGCUCAUGGUUUGUGUUCGCCUUCCCGCUCAUGCUCCUCUUCCUCAUUGUGGGCUGGAUCUGGAUUGCUUUCCUCUAUGGCGGGAUUAAUACACGACUUUGUAUUAGCAAACAUGAUGAGCGGGCAGCAGCAGAAGCAAAAGCAACAGCUGUUAUUGAUGAAGACUACAGGAAAUUGGGCCCAAUAAAGUUUGCAGAAGGAUCUAUCGCUUUCUUCUUCAUUAUUUUUGCCAUCCUUCUGUUCACACGAGAUCCGAAGUUUGUUACAGGAUGGUCGGUUUUCUUCACCAAAGGCUAUGUAUCUGACGCUGUUACUGGAGUCAUCAUCAUCUCCAUCCUCUUUUUCUUUCCAUCCCAGCGACCAUCUCUCCGCUGGUGGUUCGAUUCAAGAGCCUCAAAUACUCCAUAUGUGCCUCUGUUGUCAUGGAGAAAAGCUCAAGAGUGUGUGCCAUGGAAUAUUAUUUUGCUGCUGGGUGGUGGAUUUGCAAUGGCCAAAGGCUGUGAGGAGUCAGGUUUAGCAGUAUGGAUAGGAAACCACUUGCAGCCUCUUGCCCAGGUCCCUCCCGCUGUCGCAGUCAUGCUCAUCACAGCCUUCAUUGCCUGCUUCACUGAAUUUGCCAGUAACACGGCCACCAUAAUCAUCUUCCUCCCUGUCAUCGCUGAACUGGCUAUCCGUGUGAAAGUCAACCCACUGUACUUCAUGAUUCCAGCAACGACUGGUUGCUCUUACGCUUUCAUGCUUCCGGUGUCCACACCUCCCAACUCAAUUGCAUUUGCCUCCGGACACCUUAUGGUGAAGGAUAUGGUGAAGACAGGGUUUGUGAUGAACAUCCUGGGAAUUAUGUGCGUGUCUCUUGCCGUGAACACAUGGGGUCUUCAUAUGUUCAAUCUACACGUGUAUCCUGAUUGGGCAAGACCUUUAAAUGUUUCCUUAGCAACUGUGGCUACACAUACUGUAUCAGCUAUGAAUUUGACUGGCUAGAGAACAACUACAGAGAUGGAUAUGGACACCCUUACAAAAAAUAAGAAUACUUCCAGUUAAUUUUAUUAAGAAUUUGUAAAUUUCAAAUAUAUUUUUAUGUAGUAAGUGAAUUUAAAGGCACAAUAUGUAAGAUUUUUGGAUUAAAAUAUAAUAUAAAAUAUAAAAUAACAAUAAAAAUAUAAAAUAAACAAUGUUAUAUAUUUGUUGAAUUGUGUACUUACAUUAUCCCAAAUGUUCCAAGAAUAUUUAAAUACAGAGAAAUAAGCAAUUUUAGCCAGGACAUGGACCAUGCGUCGCCUAUCAACGACAUCAUACCCACAUUACCCGGGUUUUAUUCUGUUGAAACCAUGGAAACACCAAAGACGCUUUAAUAUAUUAUGUGUUUUAUUAGACAGGUGAGCAACUGUUUGGAUGUGUACAUUCAUCGACAGAAAACUAAUCAUAUUAUAUAGCUCAACACGGUAAGUCUUAUUGUUUAAAUCUCGUUUUCUUGAUUUACAGCGAGUACCAUGUUUUACCACGCCUAAUCUAGCUUACUGCAAUGUGCAACAAGUGUCUCAUAGCAGCUGCCGAGCGAACGAACAGUAAUAACAACUUUCAACACACAAAUGUAUCUAAUACGAUAAAAUAGCAAUGCUUUACCCCACAUACGCUUGACCAGGAGAAGCGGAAGCGGCGACUGUGGCAUAAUAAAAGUUCUUGUAUUUAUGUAAUGUAUUUAUGUAAUGUAUUUAUGUAAUGUAUGCCGUAGUUAAUAAUUAUGUAACAUUUCUAUGUUAAAUGUUUAUAAUCUUGUGUUCAUUAUCCAUAAAUCCUAAUUAAAGCUUGGAUGC